UCCAGAAAUCUUCAAAUUUUCCAGGAAUUUCCAGUACUUGGAUUUGUUAUUUUCUCGGGACAUUUUCCAUUAAUACAAACAGAUAUGGAUCAUAUUCACGGCGGUGUCAGAGUCAUCAUCAUACGCAUCCUCGCCGCGUCUGUCAUCGGAGCCGCCGCAGUCACCGCCGCUAAUUACUGCAGAAAAUCCGUCGAAGACCAUCAAAGUCUCGUCCCACUGCAGCAGAGGACAGAUUCAGGCCGGCUUGGAAACCUGGAAAGAUUCUCCCACUAUGUUGCUAGGCAACUGGGAUUUGAAGAUGCAAAUGAAUACCCGAAGCUCUGCAAAUUGGCUGAAAACUAUGUGAAGAAACCAAAAGAUUUUGAGGCUCAGAUGUUUGAAUAUUUUGCUGAAGAACCAGAAGCUGAAGCUUUGUAUGUGAAGUUGAUGGUGGAAUUUGAGAGAUGCAUACUCAGUUAUUUUGCUUUCCAUUGGAACCAAGCUCCCAAUAUAAUUUCUCAGGUUUUGGCUGUUGAAUCUGAGAAGAAAACAAAGCUAAAGGACUUAGUCAUUGCAGCUACAAGGCAAAAGAGAUUUGAGAGGGUGAUAAAGGACUUGAAGGUGGCAAGGGUGUUCUCGACGUUGGUGGAGGAGAUGAAGGCGAUGAGACGUGUCGACGGCGAGGCGAAGUGUACGGAAGUGAUGGCGCCGGUGGCGCACAGCCAGCGGAGCCCGGUUCUGUUGCUUAUGGGCGGUGGUAUGGGGGCCGGCAAAAGCACCGUGCUCAAAGAUGUUAUUUUAAAAGAACCGUUCUGGGCGGACGCGGCGGGGAAUGCCGUGGUUGUUGAGGCGGAUGCGUUCAAAGAAACAGAUGUAAUAUUCAAAGCUCUAAGCUCAAGGGGUCACCACCAUGACAUGCUCCUGACAUCCGAACUCGUCCAUCAAUCCUCCAUCGAGGCCGCAUCGUCACUGCUAGUGACGGCAUUGAACGAAGGCCGAGACGUGAUAAUGGACGGGACUCUAUCGUGGGAGCCCUUCUUCGAGCAGACGAUCGACAUGGCUCGAAAUGUCCACAAGCAUCGGUACCGGAUGGGGGUCGGAUACAAGGUUGAUGAAGAUGGAACCAUCACCGAGAACUAUUGGGAACAGAUAGACGAAGACAAUGAUCAUCAAACACAUAGGAAACCUUACCGAAUCGAACUUGUUGGUGUUGUAUGCGACGCAUAUCUAGCUGUCGUUAGAGGAAUAAGGAGAGCCAUCAUGGUGAAACGAGCAGUGAGAGUAAAUUCACAGUUAAGAUCCCACAAGAGGUUUGCAAGUGUAUUUCCAAGAUAUUGCCAAUUUGUUGACAAUGCCAGGCUCUAUUGCACUAAUGCUCUUAGAGGCCCUCCAAAGUUGAUAGGUUGGAAAGAUGGGGAUAACAAGCUGCUGAUAGACCCAGAUGACAUAAAAUGGUUGUCAAAUGUGAGCAAGUUGAACACAGGAGCAAACUGUGUGUAUGAGCUUUAUGAACAAGACCAAAGUCCGGUAGACAUGCCUGGUUCUGUCUGGAAAGACAUUGUUUUGUCCCCUACAAGAUCAUCUAUUCAAUUGGACCUCAAAGCUUCUGUUCGAAGAAUCGAAAAACGACGACAAUUGUAACACAGAUAUGUAAUCUCGCUC